GUGUGUGUGUGUGUGUGUGUGUGUGUGUGUGUGUGUGUGUGACAGAGGGAGAACACAUGAGAACACACUUGAACUAAUAAAACCAUUUGAAGUAGCAGUGACCCUUCAGAAGAUGCGACUGAAGCUGUGACAUCAGGUCCACAUCUACAGCCACACCAUGUCUCUUAACGCCUCUCUGACCGUCCCCAUCCUCAAACCUUCCAAGGACGACCAGGCGUCUUCGGUGGACAUCGACGCCGUCAUGGACAACGUCAGCAUCGUCCUCUACACGCUGACCGUCGUUCUCGGCAUCGCAGGGAACUCGGUGGUGAUCUGGGUGGCUGGAAUCAAGCUCAGGCCAAAGGUCACCAAUGUGUGGCUGGUGAACCUGGCGAUCGCUGACCUGAUCUUCUGCUUCACGCGGGUUUUCUCCCUCAUCAAGAAGCUCUUCUUCGACCACUGGCCCUUCGGCAUCUUCCUCUGCAAGUUCAACGGCUUCUUCAAGUACGCCAACAUGUUCUGCUCGGUCUUCCUGCUGGCCGUCAUCAGUCUGGACCGAGUGCUCUGCGUCUGGCUGCCCGUCUUCUCGAAGCGCCGCCGUACCCUGUUGGCUGCCAGGGUGGUGGCCGUCUUCGUCUGGACCUCAGCCAUCCUCCUCAGCACGCCGUACUUCAUCUACCGGCAGGUCUACGUGGGAAAGAAAAAUCUCAGUAAGUGUUCUGUGGACGUGAAGCUGGCGGCGGACGGCGACAACAUCACCAGGGCCGCCCUCUACUCCAUCCGCUUCCUGUGCGGCUUCAUGGUGCCUUUUAUGGUCAUUCUCAUCUGCUACAUCCUGGCCGGCCUCGGCAUCAGACGCACCCGCCUGGUAGGGAAGUCCCGCCCCCUUCGUAUAUUAGCGUCGCUGGUCGUUGCGUUCUUCCUGUGCUGGGCGCCGUACCACUGCCUCCUGCUGGUGAAGAUGGUGGACAACAAGAACCCGGUGGUGAAGAUCUGGCACCCUCUGGCGAAGGGCAUCGCCUACUUUAACAGCUGCGUGAACCCGCUGCUGUACUUCUGCAUGGGGCUGGAGGUGAGGGGGCGCCUCAGGCAGAGUCUGACGGGCGUCUACAGGAGGGCGUUAGCGGACGACGUGGACGGACGGACGACUCAGUCCAACGACCGCUCAUUGGACGACAGCUCCGGGUCGAAGCACAGUACUGUAGCGGUGGCAGGAAGGAGUCAGUCAGCAGUGAACGUAGCUAAAGUUUAACGUUCUCCUCCACUUAAAGGACUGUACAGGUUGUAACUGCUUGAAGUCCAGUCAGUUUCUGGGCGUUUUGUUUUUGCUGUGCUCAUUUUUCAUUCAUCAAGUUCUGCACAUGUAUGGAAACAGCACAACCAUGGCUAGAAGUAGAAAGUGAUAAUACCAUAAAACAGAAAAAAGGGUGCAACUUUUGGGCCAACAUCUGUCCACAGGUGACUUUACAUACUCUAGGGAUGUCCAACAUGUGGCCCGUGGGCCAAAAGCGGUCCUCCAGAGGGUCCAAUCCGGCCCUCAAAGUGGAAAAAUUAACUGCAGAUUGUAAAUUAGUAAAACUAUAAAUUUAAAGUAUUUUCUAGACCAUGACAAGUUGUUUGGAUCAUAAAGUAAAAUACUAGAUUGUUCAUUGUUCUGUUGUCAUUUUGUCUCAUUUUUGCAAUAUUUUGUCUUGUUUUUGUAGUUUUUUUUGUCUGAUUUUUGUCACUUGUCUCAUGUUUUUGUCAUUUUCUUUCUCAUUUGUCAUUUUUUGUCUAUUUUUUUUCCAUUUUUUGUGGCUUUGUAACUUUUUGUCGAAUAUUUUGUCUCUUUUUUGUUUUGUUUCAUGUCAUUUUGUGUCUCAUUUUUGUCUCAUUUUUUAUUUUGCCAUUUUAUCUCGUAAUUUUUUUGUCACUUUGUAGUUGUUUUGUUUCAAGUUGUUUUGAUCAUUAAGUAAAAUACUUGAUUGUUCACUGUUCUUUUGUCAUUUUGUCUCUCAUUUUUAAAUAUUUUGUCUAGUUUUUGUUGUUUUCGUUGUAUUUUUUGUCUGACUUGUCAUUUUUGUCAUGUUUUUGUUGUUUUGUUUUUUGUUUUUGUCGUUUUGUGUUUCCUUUUUGUCUCGCUUGUGUUUUUUGUCCUACUUUUGUCAUUUUGUGUUUUGCUUUAUUCAUUGUUUUGUGUAUUGUUUUUGUUGUUGUGUGUUUGUGUGAUUUGUGUAAUUUCUUGUCUUGUUUGUCCAAUUUUUUGUCGCUCUGUAACUUUUUUGUGAAUUUUGUUUUUUUGUGUUGUUUGUCUCAUUUUUUGCCAUCUUAUUUCUCUCUUGUCAUUAUAUAUCUCAUUUUUGUAAUAUUUUGUCUUGUUUUUGUUGGGUUUUUUUGUCUUAAAAGUAAAAUCCUCUCUGGUUCAGUUCCAGAUGACUAAAUGUUGUGUUCCUUUGUCGACACUCUGUGAUCUGGAAGUUGUAAUGUGGAAAUGAUAAACUGAGACUGAAUGUUGAUGAAACUGAAUUUAUUUUUCUGAACCAAUUUCCAUUUAUUCAUAAUGUUUUGUGAAAAGAUAGUUCCUAAAAUGGCAACAUUUUCAGAAUGUACUUUUUUGCACUAAAACAAAGGACCCAUUAGGAGUUGUGGUUAUUUAUAGGUUAUUAUGCUGUGGUUUUACUGGUCUGGUCCACUGGAGAUCAGACUGGGAUGAAUCUGGAACCUGAACUAAAAUUAAUUUGAAUCCCCUGAUCUAGAUAUUUCUCUGGUUACAUUUCUAAAUCCUUUCCAUAGUCUCCUCACCAAACAUGUGAGAUGAUCUAAAACCUGUUUGAGGAGGAAGUACCAGUGCUCAGUCUUUGUUCAGUUCUGUUAUGAUGAAUCAAUAAUGCAGCUGUGAGCAGUAGGGGCUGUUUUGAAACUCCCUUUUGCAACAUUUUGAUGCAAUAAACAACAACAAACUGUCAUCAUUAGUGUGAGAAACUGUGGCUUCUGGAGGAACUCACUUUGCUUCACUGUUUUGUGGUUAGAAAUGACAGGUAUGACUUUUACGAGGCUGUUCUAUUCAUCAUUAUUGAUUAUUAUUUUUAAGAAUAUUAGCAGUAAGAGCCCCAUGGAGGUGUGGAAGCACAUUAAGAGGGAGAGAAACGCUGUUUAUUUGAGUAAUAGUUGCAGAAUGAAGUUGAUGAUUUUGUGUGAAUUACUGAUGAAUCAAUCUCCUGCAUGAUUCAUAAAUCAAUAUCAGCUGAAUGUGCCAUUAUCCAUGGUGACGAGAUACAAAAAACAUAGAAAGUGAUGACAAAAGUGCUGUAGCAAUGUGUAAAUAUUUUAGAGACCUGCAAAAUUUCACGAAUCAGGUUUUCAGGGAGCUAAAGUCUUCAACCGACUCCCCUGAAAUCAGAUUUAUCCACUAAGGUAAUCAAUUCAAUGGUUUUACGCAGAAAAAUGACCAUAUUGAGUCACAGAGUUGUGAAAAUGUCUCUGCUUGCAGCAAACAAAACCAUUUUUUGGUCCAUAAUUAGUACAAAACUGGCAAUUACAUUAAAAAACCACCAAUGUGGUCUUUUAAGACGAUUCUCCUUUCAAUUUAAACUCUUCAUCUCAGACAGGAUUAAAUGGUUGUUUUAAGAGGACGGUGCUAAGUGUUGUUUUUAUUUAUUCAAAGUGCUUCUUCUAAACCAUUAGUUGUAGAUAUCUAAAUUCAUCUUCUGUUUUAUUUGUCCAAACUGCUGACCUUUCAGUGAGCAGACUGACUGGAUGGAGGUUCUAAAUGUGGAAAUAAAUGGAGCUCAGAUUCA